AGGUGUCAGAGCGGGAUAGUAGCCCGAUAAAUAAAAAACUCCCUCCCCCCUGCCCCGCUCGCCUCGCCUCGCCUCUCCGCUCGCACUCACCGCGCGGCGCACGCCCGUGAUCCGCCUCGCCGGCUUCCGCCGCUGCCCCGCCGCCGCCUCCGAUCUCGGCAGGAGGGCGCGCGGAGGAGGCAGAGGGAGAUGGCGGCGGAGGACGGCGCGAGGUCGCCCACCAGGAUGCUGGCGGAGGGGCAUCUGCGGAUCGCCACAGGCGGGCGGGCGCCGGCGGACGGCGGGAUCGCCGUCCGCCACAUCCCACACCACCACACCGCUAAGAAAGAAGAUGGUGGGAAAAUUGAACAAGACAACCUUGGAGAUGCAAAUCCGUUACCAUCCCAAGAGUUGGGCAAAUUAGUUAAUGGAACUAAAAAGGUUCCUGCUACAUUAGAUGACUACAGGAAGCUUGUAGUUCCAGUAAUUGAGGAGUAUUUUAGUACAGGAGAUGUGGAACUGUCAGUUUCCGAGCUAAGGAGUCUUGGAUCCGAUCAGUUUCACAAUUACUUUGUGAAGAAGCUCAUAUCCAUGGCAAUGGACCGCCAUGAUAAAGAAAAAGAAAUGGCGUCAAUUCUGCUGUCUGCCUUGUAUGCUGAUCUAUUGGACUCCUCCAGGAUGAGUGAAGGUUUUAUGAUGCUUCUAGAGUCAACAGAAGAUCUAUCUGUGGAUAUACCAGACGCUAUUGAUGUCUUGGCUGUUUUUGUGGCACGUGCCAUUGUUGAUGAAAUACUGCCUCCUGUUUUUCUCACUCGAGCUAGAGCAUUGCUUCCAGAAUCUUCAAAAGGUAUUGAAGUUCUGCAGGUUGCUGAGAAGAGUUACUUGUCAGCUCCUCACCAUGCGGAGUUAGUUGAACGCAAGUGGGGCGGGAGCACACACUUUACUGUAGAAGAGGCGAAAAAGAGGAUCCAGGAUAUUCUGAGGGAGUACAUUGAGAGUGGAGAUACAGAUGAAGCCUUUAGGUGCAUAAGGGAGCUGGGCCUCCCAUUCUUCCAUCAUGAGGUUGUGAAACGUGCUCUCAUCCUUGGUAUGGAGAAUCUGUCGUCACAGCCAUUAAUCCUGAAGUUGUUGAAGGAAUCAACAACUGGCUGUUUGAUCAGUUCUAAUCAAGUGUCGAAGGGUUUUUCUCGGGUUGCUGACAGUGUUGAUGACCUGAGCCUUGAUGUUCCUUCAGCCAAAACACUUUUUGACAAGCUGCUUUCCACAGCCAUAUCUGAAGGGUGGCUUGAUGCUUCGUUCUGUAAAUCUGCUGCCCCUGGUGAAGAUAUGUGGAAUGCAAGCAAUGAAAAGGUGAAGCAUUUUAAAGAAGAGUCUGGUCACAUAAUUCAGGAGUAUUUCCUCUCAGAUGACGUCCCGGAACUCAUUAGAAGCCUUCAAGAGCUUUCUGCCCCUGAAUACAACGCCAUUUUCCUAAAGAAGCUCAUCACGCUUGCUAUGGACAGGAAGAACAGGGAGAAGGAGAUGGCUUCUGUACUUCUUUCUUCACUCAGCUUGGAACUAUUUUCCACAGGUGAUAUCAUGAAGGGAUUCAUAAUGCUCCUGCAGUCAGCAGAAGACACUGCCCUCGACAUUGUGGAUGCUCCUAGUGAACUCGCCCUCUUCCUGGCCAGGGCAGUGAUCGAUGAAGUCUUGCUUCCACUGAAUUUGGAUGACAUCAGUAGCAAGCUGCGCCCGAACAGCAGUGGUAGUCAAACUGUCCAGAUGGCCAGCUCUCUGCUUGCGGCCCGCCAUUCUGGUGAGAGGAUACUGCGCUGCUGGGGUGGGGGCACUGGCUGGGCUGUGGAAGAUGCAAAGGACAAGAUCUCCAAGCUUCUUGAGGAGUACAACACAGGCGGCGACCUGAAGGAAGCCUGCCAGUGCAUCCGCGACCUCGGGAUGCCCUUCUUCAACCAUGAAGUGGUGAAGAAAGCGCUGGUGAUGGCGAUGGAGAAGCAGAAUGAAGCUAGCAUCUUGGCUCUGCUGCAGGAGUGCGCCGCCGAGGGGCUGAUAACCAUCAACCAGAUGACCAACGGCUUCGCUCGCGUCAAGGAAGGCCUGGACGAUCUGACCCUCGACAUCCCCAACGCGCAGGAGAAGUUCAGAGGCUAUGUGGAGCUCGCGACAGAGCGCGGUUGGCUGCUAUCUUCCUUCGCCUCCCUGCCCUGAGCUCUUCUUCCCCAGAUGGCUAAACUUGGAAGAAAUACCUCUGUAUAUCUUACACCCAUGCUGUCUUUACCACCAUACCGAACUUCUUCUUCUGUUCCUAGUCUUUUCUGAGCCGGAAUGGUAUGGUAUACCGGAGUGUGAUAGGGUUGUUGGUGUAUUGGUCUGUGACUUGGAGAGUUUAAGGAAUAACGCCAUUUGGCUUCAGGACUA